UGGAAGUUCCUUUUCUCUUUAUUUAUAAUCUUUUUUCGUCUUUUUCAGAGCGCGACAGCAGGAUAAAUGAGUGAGCGAUAGUCAUAACCGCAGAGGGACGGUGUAGUGGGGUGCCGUGAGCGUGGUGUGCAAGAGAGGAGCGUGAGCUGCGUGCAGGAUGGCCACCAUUGACGGACGACCGGCGCAGUAUGGCGUCACGCUCAAGCAACUGCGCGAGCUCAUGGAGCUGCGCGGUGGGGAGGGCAUAGAGCGCUUGGAUAGUGAGUUCGGCGGCAUCCUCGAGCUUACCAAGAAGCUCUACUCCUCUCCCACCAAUGGGUUGAGCGGGAAUGCCAGUGACAUGGAGCACCGACGACAAACCUUCGGCUCCAACGUCAUACCACCCAAGCCCCCCAAAACAUUCCUCACCUUGGUGUGGGAGGCGCUACAAGAUGUAACCCUUAUUAUCCUUCAGGUGGCUGCUGUGGUGUCUUUAGGUCUCUCCUUUUACAAACCCCCUGCAGAAAGUUCAUCAGUUGGUCAUCACGAUGAGGGAGAGGAAGAAGCAGGAUGGAUCGAGGGAGUGGCCAUUCUUAUAUCUGUGGCAGUAGUUGUUUUUGUCACAGCCUUUAAUGACUACACAAAAGAAAAACAGUUUCGAGGUCUACAAAGCCGCAUUGAGGGCGAGCACAAAUUCUCUGUUAUUCGAGGAGGAGAAGUCCAUGAUAUUGGAGUGGGAGAUAUUGUCGUUGGUGAUAUUUGCCAAAUCAAAUAUGGUGACUUGUUACCUACAGAUGGAAUCUUGAUACAAAGCAAUGACCUAAAGAUUGAUGAGUCCUCGCUAACUGGAGAGUCAGACCAUGUAAAGAAGGGGGCUGACACAGAUCCUAUGGUGCUCUCAGGGACACAUGUAAUGGAGGGCAGUGGAAAAAUGCUGGUGACUGCAGUAGGUGUAAAUUCUCAAGCUGGCAUUAUCUUUACACUUUUGGGUGCUGCUGCAGAUGAAGAAGAAGUUGAAGCUAAGAAGAGGAAAAAAGAGGCCAAAAAGCAGCGGAAAAAGCAGAAGAAGGGCGACUCAGGAGAAGAGUUGAUUGUCGCCAAUCCUAGCAAGCAAGGAGAAGGUGAGGCAGGAGCCGUGACGGGUAACUCUCACCACGCAACAGCAAACUCUGCCAACGCUGACGGUGACGUGAGAAACAACAAACAUUCAAAGGAAGAGGAGGAAGGAGAAGAAGGUGGAGCUGCUGGGGGUGGAGGACAUGAGAAGUCUGUCCUGCAGGCCAAGCUGACCAAGUUGGCCAUUCAGAUAGGUUAUGCUGGUUCAUUCAUCGCUGUGCUCACUGUUGUGAUUCUAAUAGUCCGUUUCUGCGUACAAACCUUUGUUUUGGAAGGCAAACCAUGGGACACAUUUUAUGCAAACCAUUUUGUCAAGUUCUUCAUCAUUGGUGUAACUGUGUUGGUGGUGGCUGUGCCUGAGGGUCUUCCCCUUGCUGUUACACUGUCUUUGGCUUACUCUGUAAAGGAUCCUUGGUUGGGAUUGACAGAGUGUGUGGCACUUCUCACAGGCAAGCAAGGAGAAGGUGAGGCAGGAGCCGUGACGGGUAACUCUCACCACGCAACAGCAAACUCUGCCAACGCUGACGGUGACGUGAGAAACAACAAACAUUCAAAGGAAGAGGAGGAAGGAGAAGAAGGUGGAGCUGCUGGGGGUGGAGGACAUGAGAAGUCUGUCCUGCAGGCCAAGCUGACCAAGUUGGCCAUUCAGAUAGGUUAUGCUGGUUCAUUCAUCGCUGUGCUCACUGUUGUGAUUCUAAUAGUCCGUUUCUGCGUACAAACCUUUGUUUUGGAAGGCAAACCAUGGGACACAUUUUAUGCAAACCAUUUUGUCAAGUUCUUCAUCAUUGGUGUAACUGUGUUGGUGGUGGCUGUGCCUGAGGGUCUUCCCCUUGCUGUUACACUGUCUUUGGCUUACUCUGUAAAGAAAAUGAUGAAAGAUAACAACUUGGUGCGACAUUUGGAUGCUUGUGAAACUAUGGGUAAUGCAACAGCUAUUUGUUCUGACAAAACUGGAACCCUCACCACUAACCGCAUGACAGUUGUUCAGUCAUACAUCUGUAGUGAAGAUCAUAAGACUACUCCAAAGUUUGAGUCAUUACCACAUGCCGUGGGCGACCUCUUGGUGAACGCCAUUAGCAUCAACUCUGCCUAUACAUCCCGUGUUCUGCCAGGCGACAACCCAGGAGAUCUCCCAAAGCAGGUUGGCAACAAAACAGAAUGUGCACUGUUAGGCUUUGUUUUGGAUCUUGGAAAAAGUUACCAGGUUAUUCGAGAUGAAGUCACUGAAGAAAACUUUCAUCGUGUAUACACCUUCAAUUCAGUACGAAAAUCUAUGUCAACGGUGGUGCCUCGCAAUGGAGGCUACCGCAUUUAUACUAAAGGUGCCUCUGAAAUUGUCAUGAAAAAAUGCUCCUUCAUCCAUGGCAAAGAUGGCAGAUUAGAGAACUUCACAAGGUCAAUGCAGGAACGUCUUGUAAGAGAAGUAAUUGAGCCUAUGGCAUGUAAUGGUCUUCGCACAAUCUCAGUUGCAUAUAGAGACUUUGUCACAGGGAAAGCUGAAAUUAACCAAGUGCAUUUUGACUCAGAGCCUAAUUGGGAUGAUGAGGAUAACAUCAUCAACAACAUGACCUGUAUCUGUAUAGUGGGCAUUGAGGAUCCUGUGCGACCUGAAGUGCCUGAUGCCAUUCGAAAGUGCCAGCGGGCAGGCAUCACAGUGCGAAUGGUCACCGGAGACAAUAUCAACACUGCCCGCUCCAUUGCUAGCAAAUGUGGAAUUCUUAGACCUGGGGACAAUAGUCUCAUUCUAGAGGGGAAAGAGUUUAAUAGGAGAGUAAGAGAUGCAUCAGGAAAGAUUCAACAACACUUAAUCGACAAAGUCUGGCCAAGCCUGCGUGUCUUGGCUCGCUCCUCUCCUACGGACAAGUAUACCCUGGUCAGAGGUAUCAUUGAGAGUAAAGUGAGCUCUAAUAGAGAGGUAGUGGCUGUCACUGGGGAUGGAACAAAUGAUGGCCCUGCUCUCAAAAUAGCUGAUGUUGGCUUUGCUAUGGGCAUUGCUGGUACUGAUGUUGCCAAAGAGGCAUCAGACAUUAUUCUCACUGACGACAAUUUUACUUCAAUCGUCAAAGCUGUCAUGUGGGGAAGGAAUGUGUACGAUUCCAUUGCAAAAUUUCUGCAGUUCCAGUUGACAGUAAAUGUUGUUGCUGUCGUUGUGGCUUUUGUUGGUGCCUGUGCCAUUAAUGAUAGUCCUCUCAAGUCAACAGGUGAUAAGUUGUUAGACAUUGACUCUGGUCGUUAUGCUGACAUCCGUGACCCACCAUCCCAGCACUUCACCAUUAUCUUCAACACUUUCGUCAUGAUGACUCUCUUCAACGAAAUCAAUGCACGGAAAAUUCACGGACAGCGCAAUGUGUUCCAGGGUUUCUUUACUAAUCCCAUUUUCUACAGCAUCUGGCUUAGUACACUAGCUAGUCAGAUUGUGAUAGUACAGUUUGGUGGUAUGGCAUUUUCAACGCAAGCCCUGUCACUGGAGCUGUGGUUAUGGUGUCUGCUCUUUGGAUGCGGAGUGCUACUCUGGGGACAGGUUGUCACCUCCAUCCCAACCAAAAAGCUACCUAAGAAUGUAUUCUCGUAUGGAUCAGGGGAGCCUAUAAAUGAUCCUAUUGCUGAUCUGGCCAGUGAAGACAAGCUGGAUUCGGACGGAAAAGACAGCAAGCGGACGGGUCAGAUUUUGUGGAUCCGUGGCUUGACCCGACUCCAGACUCAGUUGAGAGUAAUACGAGCAUUCAAGUCAACCCUGGAAGACUUGGAAGAACGGCGGUCGUGCCAUAGUUUGCAUAGUUUGCGCAUCUCGCGCAGUCAGCAGGGCAACCGGCCCAUGUCAGACAUCAGUUACAUAGAUGAGGACUCUACGAAAAGCCCAAGUCCCAAUAGUGACAAGCGGUGCGGGUCGUGCAACGCAACUGUGCGCCUCGUAACGGCCGUCGAGGAGUCAUCACCCACCACGGCUGAGACCGCCCCCCUGGUACCCCCCGGCAGCCCUCCCCCAGGCGGGCCUGCUGCAGCAGCAACCCAGCAGCUGGGGCACCACCGACCCCACACCCACGCCAACACACAAAAUUCGAGUAGUUAAUGCGUUUCGGCAGGGGCUUGAUGCACGGCCUUCCAACCCAAACCUGGCGGCAGUGCUGAAGAAGCAGACGUCCCUGAGCAAACGGUUGUCCCAGGGGUCUUCACUGGAGUAUGCCGACAUGUGUCCGGAUCCAGAAGAAUUAA